UUGACGCCUAUUUUACCACCAGGGUACGUCAUGACGUACCAGUGGAUGACCGUUUAGCAGCAACAUGGCGGCGCCCAGCCUCGCUCCAGCCCUGAGGAGGCUGCUGUUGGCAGUGAAGAAUGCCUCACUUCACUCCAGAUGCUGUACAGCACAUUGCAGGGUUCACUAUUCCACCGUUCAUAAUCCCAGUGAAAAGACCUUUGAUAAGAUUCUCAUUGCCAACAGAGGAGAGAUUGCCUGCCGGGUGAUGAAGACUUGUAAGAUGAUGGGCAUCCAGACCGUAGCUGUUCACAGUGAUGUGGACUCCUGUGCUGUUCAUGUAAAGAUGGCUGAUGAGGCAAUCUGUGUUGGCCCCGCCCCCACCAGUAAGAGCUAUCUGAAUAUGGAUGCCAUCAUGGAUGCCAUCAGAGCUACUGGAGCACAAGCAGUUCAUCCUGGUUAUGGCUUCCUCUCUGAAAAUAAAGAGUUUGCAAAGCGACUGGCAGCAGAUGGCGUGGCAUUCAUUGGCCCGGACACUCAUGCCAUCCAGGCAAUGGGGGAUAAAAUUGAGAGCAAGCUGAUUGCUAAGGCUGCCAAGGUCAACACUAUCCCAGGAUUUGAUGGAGUUGUCAAGACUGCUGAAGAUGCUGUGAAGAUUGCACAAGACAUUGGCUACCCAGUGAUGAUCAAAGCAUCUGCUGGGGGAGGAGGGAAAGGAAUGAGGAUUGCCUGGAAUGACGAGGAGACGAGGGAAGGUUUCCGGUUCUCCUCUCAGGAGGCAGCAUCCAGCUUUGGAGAUGACAGGCUGCUCAUUGAGAAGUACAUAGACAACCCCAGACAUAUAGAGAUUCAGGUCUUGGCUGAUAAACAUGGAAAUGCUCUGUGGCUUAAUGAGAGGGAGUGCUCUAUCCAGAGGAGGAACCAAAAGGUGGUGGAGGAGGCUCCCAGUACUUUCCUGGACCCAGAAACACGUCGGGCGAUGGGUGAGCAGGCAGUGCAGCUGGCCAAAGCUGUGAAGUACUCUUCUGCUGGCACUGUGGAGUUCCUGGUGGACUCUAAGAAGAACUUUUACUUCCUCGAGAUGAACACGCGACUACAGGUGGAGCAUCCAAUUACAGAGUGUAUUACUGGCUUGGACCUAGUGGAACAGAUGAUCAGGGUGGCCAAGGGUUACAAGCUGCAGCACAAACAAGAAGAUAUCCCCAUAAAUGGCUGGGCCAUCGAGAGUCGCGUCUAUGCUGAGGAUCCUUACAAGUCCUUUGGUCUCCCCUCCAUUGGACGGCUGUCUCAAUAUCAGGAGCCACUCAACCUCAAAAACGUUCGUGUGGACAGUGGCAUCCAGGAAGGAAGUGACAUCAGCAUCUACUAUGAUCCCAUGAUCUCUAAGUUGGUUACCUAUGGAGCAACACGAGCUGAAGCCCUUGCCAGGAUGGAGGACGCUUUGGAUAACUACGUAAUCAGAGGAGUGACCCACAACAUUCCCCUCCUGCGUGAAAUCAUCACCCAUCCUCGCUUCAUCUCCGGUGACAUCAGCACUAACUUCCUGCCAGAGGUUUACCCUGAUGGCUUCAAGGGUCAUCAGCUGGAUGCACACAGUUGCAGGGAGUUGUUGGCCUCAGCAGCAGCACUCUACGUCAGCGUUCAACUCCGUUCACAGAAGGUCCACGACAACCGGAGGGUGACAUCCUCUCCUGUGGAUUGUCGCCAGUGGGAGCUGUGUGCACAGCUGGGGGAGGGACGUCAUGCUAUGGAGAUUACCAAAUCAGGAAAUAUUUAUACUGUGGAUGUGGAUGGAGAGAAGGUGGAAGUCGAGGGGAAGUGGAACCUGGCCUCACCUCUCCUGCCACUCAACAUCAAUGGCACUCAGAGAAUGCUGCAGUGUCUGUCCAGAGAUGCUUCAGGAAUGAUAGUGCUGCAGUACCUGGGCACAAUGUUUAAGGUUCGCAUCCUGUCCAAGUUGGCUUCAGAGUUGAACUCCUACAUGCCAGAAAAAGUUCCAGAAGACACCAGCAGCAUCCUACGGUCACCGAUGCCAGGGACCGUUGUGGCUGUGUCCGUCAAACCAGGAGAUAAGGUCGCAGAGGGUCAGGAGAUAUGUGUGAUUGAAGCCAUGAAGAUGCAAAACAGUUUGACCGCUGCCAAGGCAGCAAAGGUCAAGAGUGUCCACUGUAAACCAGGGGAGACGGUUGGAGAGGGAGAUCUUCUUGUCGAACUGGAGUAAAACACCAUUUGUGGCCUUUUAUGUGUGAGCUCAGCACCUCAGUGAGCCUGAUGUCUACAGAGGAAGAUUCACAUUGACCAACAAUCUGGACAAUAAUGGAUCAGAUACCUGAUUUGUCUCGUCAGUGGUCAGUCGCUGCGGCAGACCACCAGUAGAGUUUUGUUUCUGCUGUAGUAGUAGUUACUGUCUUCUCCACAUGUCAAGACUCCUUUGUGUGAAUCCUUCCCGCUUUGUAAAACACAGCUGACCACUGUAAAUCUGGUUGUUAGUUUUUGUUAAAGGCAUAGUUUUGAUAUAUGUGCCAAGAUUUUGAAGAUAGAUAGGAAUGGUCCUUUGCAACACUAAUACAAUGGGAUAACAUGUACUGUAUGUUUGUAUUCUGCUGGCAAGUUUAAAAUGUCACAAGUUGAAUAUAUCAUAACAUAAUUUGAUCUGUGAUUUGAGUGACCAAAAGAAAAUUCAAUUUGGAUCUGUUGUAUUUGAGUCAAGGCAAAAAUGUCAGAAGUGUCGGAACAACUCCAACCAACUUCAAAAUAUACUGUAUACAACCAUUAAAGUACCACUUUUCCACAUAGAA